UGGAACCAUGGGAAAAUAUUCUAAAUAAAUUUUCAAAAAAGUUUUUAAAAAGUAAAGAAAAUAUAUGUGAGUGCAUGGAGUAUUCUAGCUCUGCUUCUUCCUUCCUAGGUGGGCUUGGGCUGUCUUCACUUGAUUCAUUUGUAGAACAAAGAACUUUAACCAGAUGACCUCCAACCUCCUUUCCAUUUCCAAACCCUACAAUUCUAAAUUAGUUGAUUUCAAAACCCUGUGAGAACCCGUAGUCCCACUUCCUGAAAUGCUGCUGAAGUCUAAAGCAGAAAGUCUUUCCCCCCUUCCUUCCUCUUUAUCACAAUCUUUACUUUGAAGCCAAACCCAAGAUUACUCAUUUUCUCAUUCUCUUGUGCUUGAGAUGACGUGUUGGUGGGAUGCCCCAAAAGGAAUGGAAAAUGAAAAAAAGAAGCCAAAUUUGGUUUAAAAGUUUUUCAGCUUACCUUUAUAUAUGACAUUUUAAGUUUUGCUAAGGAUUUUAUAUACAAUAUCAUAUAACCCUUGCAACAAUUUUUGUUAAGUUCUACUAUCAUUCCCCUUUUAUAGCUAAAGAAACCAAGGCUGAGAUUUAAGUGGCUUGUUCCAUGAGCCAAGGCUGUUGUAAAGUGGGGUUUGAAUGAGACCUUUCUGCCUCCCGAGUCCAGGGCUUUGUCGCACACAUCACACUGCCUCUUAGAAGUGCUACAUUUAGGGGGGUGCUUAGGUGACACAGUAGAUAGAGAGCUGAGCCUGGAAGUGGGAGGUCUGGGUUCAAAUCUGGCCUCAGACACUUCCUAGCUGUGAGACCCUGGACAAAUCACUUAACCCCAGUUGUUUACCCCUUAAUGCUCUUCUGCCGUAGAGCCAAUGUUAGUAUUGAUUCUGAGACGGAAGGUACGGGUUUAAAAAAAAAAAAGAAUGAAGCUAGGCAUUGGUGUGUUCAGGUGGAGGAAGAAUGGGACAGGGAGAAGAGAAGCCAGAGCCAUUGGGUGUAUGGAGAGUCAUAAAGGCAGAGCAGACAAAUUGACCUAGGCACUGUCUACAGAAACAUCCUGAGCCACAAAUGUAGGGAGCAGAUGAGUGGCAUGUAUGUUCAUCGUGUAUCUGCCCUUGUGUUUAAAGGUCCUUUUUCUCAUUAAGAGGGAAAAAAGAAGUGCUAUAUUUUAGUCCUUCAAAAGAGCUACUUCCCCAUCCAGUGACCCACAGUCACUGUCUGUGGCUUCAUUAGUUACCAUGGCCAAAUAAUCACCAAUCUGGUGAAGAGCUUCCUCUGUUCUUGGAAACAUUGUCAGGAAUACUUACAGCCUUUCAAGCCUGACAGGACUUCCAUUUUGCUGACAUAGUCUUUGAGAUCCCGGAUUCCCAUCCAUCUCAAAAAUGAGGCAUCCCAGGGGAACUGAACUGAUGGAUUUGAAAAAUGAUGAGACUUUUAUUAACUUGGUUGUUUGGGACUUGUAUUCGUUUAGGAGUUCCUUGAGGGUAGGGUCUUUUUUCAUUUCCUUGUCUCCCUGAGGAUGAGAAGAGUAGGCAUUUAUUAAAAGCUUGUUGCUAUUAAUUUAGUAAAGUGUGUGUUGACGUCGAGUUGAUCUUUCUCUGCCUUUGGUGGAUCCCAUCUAUUAAAAUACUUUUUUAGACCCCCCUCCACCUCCGUAGCAUUUAGCUCAUCAUCAAUAUGAUCCACUUCUGUUAUCACCAGUUUGUUGAUGAGUUUGUGCCUGCACAGUUUCUCCCAGACUUUGCAGGUUAACAGAUUGGUGAGAGUAAGUGACUUUGCAAGAGGUAGUGUUGCAUAGAAGAUAGAGACAUGGCCAUGGCUUCAGAAAAUCCUGAAUUCAAGUCCCAGCUUGUUUCUAUAUGUUUCUAGCUCUGUGACCCAGCCAAGUCACUCGACCAGUGCUCUAGGCAACUCUCUAAGAUACUUUGAAGAUGACAGUCUGCAGUGGUAAAGACUUUCUUCAUCUGGAAGUUCUCUAUACUAAUGAAAUCACAGGUCCAUGGAAGCAGCUAGGGAGCUCAGUGGCUAGAAAGGUAAGCCUAGAGAUGUGAGAUCCUGGGUUCAAAUGUGGCCAAGGACACUUGCUAACUGUGUGACUCUGGGCAAGUCAUUUGACCCCUGCUACCUAGCCCUUCCCAUUCUUCUACCUUGGAGUCAAUACACAGUAUUGAUACUAAGACAGAAAAAUCCGAGAUCAGUCUUUAUCCUAAAUGAAUUUACAACCGGGCAACAUCUCAGCUGGGUUGCUGCACUGAUCUUAUUAACAAUCAUCCCUAAAGCAGCAUUAUUCAUGUAAUCAGCCCUAAUGAGAAAAAGCCAUUUGUUCUUUUCAUGUACAGCAAAGUCUAAUUGGGAAGGGGGGAGGACACCCCAGAUAGAAGUCCUGACUUUACCUCCCACCUCAGUUCCAGCUGGCAGGAUUCUCAGAGAUUCCACCUCCUCUCCAGCUAUUUAUGUGUGGUCUCUCCUGUUUAGAAUGUGUCAGUGACUAUUGGAGCCUCUCUUUGUGUCAAGAUGUUCUCAGCCCAGUGCCUGGCACAUAUGCUUUCAUGAAUGCUUGUUGAGUGACUGACCUAACACCAAUUUCCUCAUUGUAAAGUAGGAAUAAUACUUGUACUAACUACUGAAAAGUGAUGUUGUAAGGAAGGAGAGUUACGUAGUAGAGCUAUGAAUUGGUUCAAAUAGUUGUUUUUUUUUAAAUAGAAUUUGUUUCUAGGUAUCUCAACCCUUCUCUCCCCUUCCCAGACCAUAGGAGGUAUCAUUCAACAAACAGAUAUGCGUACAUAGAUUAUGUCUUUUAUGUGUUUCCAUUUUUCAAUUCAUUCUCUGGAGGGGAACAUUCCCAAAUUAUUCUUCCAAUAUUAAAUCUGUAGCUGUAGAUAAUGUUCUCCUAGUUCUACUCAUUUUACUCUUCAUUAUCUCAUGUAGUUCUUUCCAAGGUUGUUGGCUUUUUAAAUUAAACCUGCUCAUCAUUUUUUCCUAGCACAGUAGUAUUCCAUCACAACCAUAUACCAUAAUUUGUUUAAUCAUUCCCCAAUUGAUGGCUAUCCCCUCUAUUUUCAGUUCUUCACCACCAUGAAGAGAGCUGCUAAAAAUAUUUUGUAAUAUAUGGGUUCUUUUCCUUUUCACCUGCUUGCCUUGGGAAACAGAUCCAGCAAUAGUGUUCCUGCAUCCAAAGGUAUACACGGUUUUAUAACUCUCUGGGUACAGUUCCAAAUUGCUCUCCAAAGUAGCUGGAUUGGUUAACAGUUAUACCUGUGGUGUGUGAUUCCCAGUUGCCUACCCCUUGCUGCUCUUCUGCCUUGGAACCAAUCAAUUGUCUUUGACUCAAGUACACACCAAGUACAUGCUGGACCCAAGUAUACCACCACUACUCUUGCACAUACUACUAGGAACGCUAAGAACCAGGAGGUCCAUAUAUUCAAAAAUAUUGAUAGCAGCUCUUUUUAUAUUAGCAAAGACCUGAAAAUAAAGUGGGUACCUCUCAAUUAUGGAUUGGCGAAACAAACCAAACAAUGUAAAGGAAUUAUUGUACCAUAAGAAAUGAUGGACAUGAAGAAUUCAGAGUUUGAUCUAACACAGAGGGAAACUAGUGAAACCAGGAAAAGAAUUGAUCAUCCUGUGGUCUCUAGGAUAUAAAGGAAAAACAGCAUUUAAAGAUUUCAGAACCCUGAUGGUCACAGAUUGAUGAAUUUUCUAGUCACAGUAAUUCUCUAAGCUGUCUGCUCAGGUGUAGAGGGGUUGCCCUCUUCACUGGUAGAAAGAGGGUGGGAUUUGACCCUAAAAAAUAUAUAGAUUUUAAAGGGGAAAGGACCUAUUUGUUUAAAAAUAUUUAUAUCAGCCCUUUUUGUGAUGGAAAAGAAUUGGAAAUUGAGGUGAUAUCCUGCUGGGGAAUGGCUGAGUAAACUGAUUUAUGGUGGUGAUGGGGAAAAAAAAAAGAACCCUGAGGGUAACGAACAAAACCUGAUUCCCACCUCUCUGGAAGGAGAUGCUGGUGGACUAGAGAUGUGCAAUGAGACCCAUAUUUUCCUGCAUGGCCAAUGUGUUGAUAUGGUCUGCAUAACUCCAUUUGUUAUAAGAUUAGACUCAGUGGAGGUUCAUUAGUCAGUGGAAAAUGCCCAUGAUAUACCCCAAGGAGCAUCAACAACUUAUAAAAGCAGUUGUUCGAAAUGCGAACUCUCCUUCUGGUGAAGCAUCAAUACGGUUCUAAGUGUCUGCUCUAGGAUAUUGUUGUUGUUCAGUUGCAUCGGACUCUUCAUGACUCCUAUGGCAUUUUCUUGGUACAGAUACUGGAGUGGUUUGCCACUUCCUUCUUCAGCUCACUUUACAGAUGAAGAAACUGAGGCAAACAGGGUUAAGUGACUUGCCCAGGGCCACACAGCUGGUAAGUGUCUGAGGCCAGAUCUGAACUCAGGAAGAUGAAUCUUCCUGACUCCAGACCUGGCACUCUAUUUACUGUUCCACUUAGCUGCCACAAUAGGAUAUUUAGGGCUUCUUUAAUGGAAUCAGAGAGGGUCAAUGCAGAUUUUUUAGGCUGAAUGGGUUGAAUAGAAUUUCCCAAACAAAUAAUGGCCCUUUUUGUUUUUCCAAAUUUCUUCACUUCUUUUGGUGUUCUUAGAUUUUAAAUAAUUUCCUCAACAUAAUUCCAAGCUGGGUACAUUCAAUGUUGCCAUCCUUAUUUUUUAGAUGAACAUCAUAGGGUGAUCCCAUUGACAGUGGGAUCACUGCUUUAAAAACUGUUUUGAAAUUAUUUUGAGCUCUUCUUCUCUGCCUCCUGACCCAAGUCUGAGAGCAGUUCUUUUCCCCAAAAUUUGCCCAAAUAGCCAAGUAGGAGUUUGUAUGUGAAGAAUCAGACUUUGUUAUGAAAAUGAUAGAAGUGACCUGUUAUAACAUUUUAAGGAAGAAUAAUUCACUGUCUUUAGAAGUAAUUGUGUAUCAUAUUUGGACAUCAAAUUAAUUUGGAUUUAAUCCACUGAUGAGAAAUUUCUGCUUUUAGAGCAAAACCUUGGUGUAUGUAUUCUUAAGCCUCUCUGCUUUUACUUGCCCAUAUAGAUACUGUGGCAUAAGUAACCCAGGGUUCCACCAAUAUGCCUUAUAUAAAUACUUAAUUCUUAUAUUGCAUGAAUUUGGAUGUAGUUGGCGUACAAUGCCAGUGUCUAGAGUCAGGAAGGCUCUUCUUCCUGAGUUCAAAUGUAGUCUCAGACACUUACUAACUGUGAGACCCUGGACAAGUCACUUAAGUUUGUUGGCCUCAGUUUCCUAAUCUGUAAAAUGAUCUAGAAAAGGAAAUGGCAAAACCACUCUAGUGUCUUUGGCAAGAAACCCCCAAAUGGGGUCAGAAAAAAUCAGAUACAACUGAAAAUGGACAAGGACAAUGAUAAGUGGUUGUAAUUAAAUGACACCAAAAGAGAAAAGGCAGUGAACAAUGGCCCUUCCAUUCACCCCCCACUUUUUAAAAACUUCUUAUAUUUAUAUAGUUUUUUACAUAUGACAAAGCACUUCUCUUGCAACAAAGAGCCCUGUGAGAGAAGUAAUGUCAGUAUUAUUAUCCAGACAUUAGAGUUGAGGAAACAAGUUCCUAUAGAGGUUGUAACUUGCCCAUAAUUAGACAACCAAUAAGUGUUGCCUCCUGGAUUUCCUUUAGCUGCAGUUUAGUAAUGCCUUUUGUUUUUACAUCACAAUCCUUUCCAGAUAUAACCUCCCUCCCCAGCCCCAACCAAUGAGCCUUCCUUGUAGCAAAGAAAAAUGAAUAAGUAAAACUGGCCCAGCAAUCGUAUCUGACAGGCUAGGUAACAUUCCACACUAUAGUCCCCGUCCCCCAUCCCUAUCAGAAAAGAGAGGUAAGUGUCCGUAUUUCUUCUCAGGGGUCAGCACCAGCACAGCCUGGUUUUGUUCUCUCUUUUCUUGACUCUUGCACAAGCAUUGUCAUUCUCUUGUAUACCAUCCUACCAUCCUGUCUUUCUUGGGGAGGAGGGAGAGACAGACACAGAGAGGGACAGAGACAGAGACAGAGACUGACCUUCUAAGAUGCUCUCCAGAAUCCAGAUAGUAGAAAUUGGGGAAAGGCAAAAAAAUAGAAUGAGAAGGAAGGAAAAGGGAAAUGUGCUUUUUCCCUCCUUUUAAAAAAAAAUCCCUUUUCUAGAAUAUCCUGGUACUAUCUUGUCUCCCUUUGGGGCACCAUAAGUUCCUGAGAUUUUCUUGAUAAGGGUGCACCCUCCUCCUCUUCAGUCUUAAACUAUAGAAGGCUGCUGGCGCCAUCACUGCCUGAUAAUUAGGUUUUUUAUUUUCUCACUAUAGAAAAGAAAAAGGCAGUUGUCUCAUGGUUAUGAACAUUGUUCAAGUUAACCUAGCAAUUAGGAACACGGGAUCAUUCUCCCAGAAAACUUCAGGUUUUUAAAUGGCAAUAAACAAUAUAAAAUGUUUGCCUGUCGCUAUGUAACAGAGCAUAGUCUUCAUCCUCUAGGGUCUUAGAUUUAGUUUAUGUUUUUAAAUUUUUUAUUAUGAACCUCCCAAAUAGGAACAAACAAUUGGAUUUUCUUAAAACUCUCAGCUUCUGUCUUAGUAUCAAUUCUAAGAAAGAAGAGCAGUAAGGGUUAGGCAAUUGGGGUUUAGUCACUUGCCCAGGGUCACCUAGUUAGGAAGGGAAGUAUCUGAGGCCAGAUUUGGACUCAGGAUCUCUCAUCUCUAGGUCUGGCACUCUCCACUAUGCUACGUAGCUGCCCCCAAACAUUAGCAUUUCAAUCUACAGAGAACAAGAAAACAGGGUUAUAUAUGAAACUGUGAAUCUCUAUUGCAUAGUUUGGGUUUUUUUUUUCUUUAAAGGUGUAUAUUUAGGGGCAGCUAGGUGACUCAGUAGAUUGAGAACCAGACCUGGAGACAGGAGGUCCUGAGUUCAAAUAUGGCUUCAGAUACUUCCUAAAUGUGUGACCCUGGCCAAGUCACUUAAUCCCCUUAUUGCUCUUCUGCCUUGGAACCAAUACACAGUAUUGAUUCUAAGAUGGAAUGUAUAGGUUGUUUUUUUUUUAAGUGUAUAUUUAAGAACCAGCACUGCUUUGCUCACAUGUCACCUAAAUUUCCUUCUGCUCUCUUCUGUAUACUUUUAAAAUGUUUUACUCUUCUUUACUUUUUUUUUGCAUCACUGAUAUCCCCACUCAUUCCACUCCAGUGGCUCCCCCUCCCACCCUUCCAAAAAAGUCUUCCCUUUUAAUAAAUGAGUGUAGUCAAACAAAACAAAGUUCACACAUUGGCACUAUCCAACCAUGUUGGUCUCAUUUUUUACCCAGUCUUUUCCUCUCUUCUAAGAACGCAGAAAUAUGCUUCUUCAAUCUCCUGGACCCAUAAAUGGGUUCUUACAUUUUUUUCAUCAUUGUUUUCCUUUAUAUUAUUAUAGAUGGAUAUCUCGUUCUCCUACGUCACUCUGUGUCAUAUAAUUCUCUGCAGAUAUCUUGGAACCCUUUUGUCAUUUCUUAUGAUGUCAUGACACUUCCUAUGUUCUAACUUACUCAGCCUUUCCCCAACUGGUGGUCAAUCUUUUUUUUCUCAGUGCUUUGUUACUAUAAGAUAUGCUGCCCUACAUAGCUGUCUUUGAUCCCUUUGGGACAGAGGCACGGAAUGGCGUUAUCUCUUGGUCAAAUGGACUUUUAGGGCAUAGUUCCAAAUUGCUCUUCCUGAAUGGUUGGGCCAAUUCAGCAAUUCCACCAACAACACAUUAGUGUACCGAGGCUACCAUACUUCCUCCAACAAUGAUCAUUUCCCCUUUGUGGUCAUAGUUUCCAGUCUAAAAGGUAUAAAGUAGGAUCCCAGCGUUUUGGUUUGUUUUAACUUUUAUUGCAUCCACAAUUAAACAUUAUUUAACUCAAGAAGAUAUCUGGUUGGGCACCAGUUAGAUGAGCUAAGAGGACUGGUUGAUGAUGGGAUUUCAUUUUUGGAACAAAGGAUGGUAAUGAGCAAUGAUGAAUUCAUACUGCUCGUGGGGCUAAACUCUUCAACUUUCUCAUCCAGCAGUUUCAUAGAGUCUGCUUUCAUUGCCUCAUUGCCUCCCGGUCCCUAAUAUUUUUAAGACUUGUCGAGUUGGCUGGCCUGUCUGCCUUUCAUUCGACCUCUCUUAUAAUGCGGCGUGUCUUGUGACACCAUCUUAUAAUGUGAGUCCAAUUGUAUGCUGUCUGCAGUCCACAUCAAAGGAAAGAAGCGUGAUGUUGACUUUAAUAUGGAUGGGAAGAGAGGGGGUAGAACACGGGUGUGGGCAAACCCUCGCUUCUUUUGCUUCUUGCUUUUCAGAAGGCUGUUGACUUGUGGCCUCAUCUAGUUUCCGUCUCAGUUGGGCUACAUCAACAUGAGCAGCUAGAUGCAAUUACAGAAUUUUAAGUGUCCUGAUCAAAGUCAAUGAAGAAAGUGUUCAUUCUUCACAGGAUUUAACAUGAGACAGAUCUAGCCAGAGGAAAUUCAUUUGGGUGUCGGGUAUUCUUAUUACCCACCCAUUCUGAUUCAGCCACUUCAUUUUUGCCUAAAUACUGCACUUUGGGCUCCCCAAUCUGAUGCUUUUCCAGUUGUAUUUGGACAUUGGAAGCAGUGAGGGAAAUAGAGAAGCACCUUUUUCCCCCUCCACUCUCUCUUGAGAGCUAGUAAAUGGCAUGAAUAUUAGGUUAGUAUCAUUCUUAUAUUAAAUCUUACAAAAAAUUACCAUGAGAGGUUUGCAUAUUUGAAAUAACAUAACUCACUGCUUGUUUUGGCAAGGGGUAGGAACUAGUCCAGCAUUUAACUUUUGCAUCUUCAAAGCCCCAGGAUAUUGGGGUGGAGGGGACAAAUCUUAAGCAUGCACAAGAGAGAGCAGCUCCAUAAUCCAUACUUCAUUGCAUUUCGAUCAUGAAUUUACAUGUUACUUUACCAGAUGAUGACAUGUGAAAUAAGGAAUUUGCCUUUCUCAUGAAUUGGCACUACCUUGUGACAACUUUAAAGAUGGCAUAAGAGAAAGUAAUAUAGCAUUACCAGAGACCCAUGGGAGUAUUUGUCUCUCAGUAUAGAGAGAACCUAUCAAAGCUUUUUGGAUCGGUUUUUUCUCCUUUAUUUUAUUAUUGCACUCGUCUAUUUGAAAAAUGUCCAGUUCUUUUGUAGUUCUUAUUGCAAAAAUUAAAAUCUGUUUGUUGGAAAUAAUCCUGACAUUUUGACUUAGUACGACUACAUUUUUAAUGAUUAUUUUUUUUCUAUCAGAGACUAAGACAAAAACACUCAAGUAUUAAACAUGUUUUUCUUUUCCUUAGCAAAUACCAAAAUGGGGGGCAGCUGGGUAGCUUAGUGGAUUGAGAGCCAGACCUAGAGAUAGGAGGUCCUAGGUUCAAAUAUGGCCUCAGACACUUCCUAGCUGUGUGACUGUGGGCAAGCCCCCAUUGCCUAGCCCUUACCACUCUUCUACCUUGGAACCAAUACAUAGUAUUGAUUCCAAGACAGAAGGUAAGAGUUUAAAAAUAAAUAAAUAAAAUAAAAACCGAAUACCAAAAUGACUUGUAUAGUAUAAAAGAGAGGGUAUUUUUUCCUUUUCUGCAAGCAGAUUAAAGAAUGAGCAUAGUUUAUUCUUAUAGCUAAUGAUGGCUCUAGAUAAUUAAAUAAAAGUUUUCCUGGGAAGAAAGAGAAAAAAAAAUCAGACUGGUUUCCACCAAAAGCUUCACUAUUUUCCACACAAAUGACAUAUUUCCUCCAGAGAUGCAUUUGCGAUCUCAUUGUUAUGGUGCUAUUGGCCCAACCUGAUUCAGACCCUUCUGAUACUUCAAGUUUGGAGUUGAAACUAAACAAGACACUUAUAGACAAUAUGGCAAUUAACAAAAAAGAUGUUUAUCUAUAGAAAAUGUUGCAAAAUUACAAAAAAUAAGCUUAACUUCAAAGAAGAAAUAUAAGAACAUUGUUCCCCAUUCUUUUACAGAGGUGAGGGUCCAUAAGUGUGGAACAUUGCCUAUAACGUCAUUCCUCACCUCCCCCCCAGUAUAUAGAAUCAGUUUAGUGGAAUGUUUUUCUUUUCUGCUGGUUCCUCCCUCCCCCCCCCCCAUCUUUGUUCUGAAGGGAUAUGGGACAAUUUAGACAAUGUGAAAACCAGAGAUAUCAAUAGAUAACAACAGAAGAUAGCAAUCAAAGUUUAUUCAAAAAACAAAGGGAGGCUCAGCAAGAGAAUAGCAUUGGAAAGGUUACUCAGCAAGGAUACAGAAUUGAUUCAGUUGAGAAGUCCUCUGAAGCUGCCCUCCCCAUAGUGCUCUUCAAGCAUGUGUGGUGCCUGAAAAAGAUGCUUCUGGCUCCCUGUGCUGGCUUUUGUACUGAGAUCAAGUCAAGGCAUCAAAGAAUUUAGUAAGUGCCAGGCACUGUAUAAAGCACUGUGGAUACAAGUGGAAGAAAAGAAAAAGAGCAUCCCUGCCCUCAAGAAACUUACAUUCUAAUGAAGGAAAAGGACCCAUAAAAGAUGACUGAAGUAGGAGGGAGAAGUCCCAAGAGUGAAGCAUGCUCUUCAUGGAGGUUCUGGGAAGAACUAGGAGGGAAAGGGGGCCUCUGGGAUAGAGGGAGAAGGGAGACAUGAUGAGAUCUCAUGGUAAGAUCUCAUGGAUGGUUUGAAUACCUUUUAAAGCAACUAGCUAAGCAGGAAAAGGGGCCCAACCUAUGUGGGCAGAGCCUUAGGAAUUAUUGCUCCUACUAUCCAUAUAUGGAGACUGCUUCCACUAGAUUGCAGCACUUUGCAAUCCAUGCCUCCUCCCCCCAUGUCUUCCUAUGGCAUGUGAAAGGAAUCGCAGAUAUCCAAGCUCUGGAAGACGUAAAAAGUAAACAGCUUUUGGGUGUGGACCCAUGAACAGAUUAUCUUUGCUGUCCUCAGAGCAGCCUAGCUGAGGACAGAAACCUGUCCUUCACAAAGAAGAUUAACCCCUGGAUGAUGUUUCAUUUUUUUGUUUGUUUGUUUUCUAAUUUCUUUACUUUGGCCACCCAUGGUGACCUACUCCUUUGAGGCUGAUAAUUGUAAAAAAAGGAGGAAGUUGGAUCAUAUCCUGUAACAGAAAAAGGUUUUCAUAAUUCUGCUAUCUUAGCUGCCCCCUAAAAGGUGAAGAAUGCAGGAUUGUCUUUUCCUUUCAAUGUGCCUUCCCUUUCUGCUAUUACAAAACCUAUUAAACUAUGACUGCAUUGAUCCUAUAGUGCCUAGCUUGUAGGUUCUAUGACCUCUCUUACAAUAUAUGUAUGACAGGUUUGCUUCUUAAAAGUGUAUACCUGGAAGCGCCAUCUCUCUUCUGGGGAAUCUAAAUAAUUGAUAUUGCUUAUAAGAGAAUAUCUGUAUAUAGACAUCCAUAUAUAAUAUCUAUAUUCAUAAUUAAGAUCUUUCUCUCCUUGUAUGACCUUUAUGUAUCAGAAAUUUAUUUCCCUUCCAUCUUUCAUCUUCACUUGUGAGAAUAAUUCAAGGUUAUAUUCUUGGCAUUGGAAAGGUAUUUAUGAGCAGAACUUCAUGGAAAGACUAGUCCUAGGACUAGAGAUUGGGACUGAACUUGUGACUUUCCUGAUAGACUUAAUGCCCACAUUUAUUGGUUUCUAUCCUCAAUAAUAGGGCUUCCUAACUUGAGUCAUACCUUGGUUAUGGUUGGGUUUUUUAUGUAUUUGGAUAACUAUUUCAGUAGAUACUUUUUGUAAUCCUAUGUAUUUUAUUUUAUGCAUUUAAAAACAAUUUUGAGAAGGGGCCAUACACCAUAGAUUGCCAAGAGGGGUCCAUGACACAAAAAAAGAUGACUAUGCACAGUUAGCUAUGUGGUUUUAAUUGGUUUUCAGUUUCUUUUUGUUUACCCACAAAACCACAUGAUAAAGUUUCCCUAUUUCUUUAGUUUUAACUUUAUAGAUAAAUAUCUACAUCAGGCCAAAUGGUGCCCAACCUUGAAAAAUUGGGAAGCUUUUCAAUUCCAUAUUUUUAUUGUCCCUCAACCAAUUACUUAAAGAUCCCAAAGUAGAGCUAUGGAAGCAGAAAUUUGUUUCCCACCAAUGGCCAUUCUAGAACCACUCCCCCCCCCCCCCCCCCCGAAAGUAAGGUUGUCACACUACUACCCCUACCCAGAUGCAAAUCUGGAAUACCAAAGCAUUUCAUCCCCUGCUCUCUACAGUAAAGAAUAUCCUCUAAUAAAUUUCAUCUGGGUAUUUGUUUUGCACAUGAGCUUUCUUUCUCCUUUUCCUUUCUAAUUCAGACAUCAAGUAACAUGAUCACUCUUUUGGAAAGUCCUUUUCUACCAAAUGAAAUAGGCAGGAAAAACAUAAUAGUUUCAUUUUAAAACUCAAACUCACAUAGCUGUCAUUCAGUUGCUGCAGUAAAUGAAUCUAAGUCACCUCCUUUGCCCCCAAUAUGUGACUUUCUAAGUGGGCAGUAGUCUCCAUCUCAUUCAUCCCCAGCCUAAAUGCACAGACAUGUAGCAGGUUUUAUUACUUAGAACCAUGUAACAUUAGAGUUGGAAGGGACCCAAAAGGCUAUCCAGUUCAAUCCCUGAAGUCAUCAGACCCACCCACAGGAUCCCCAACAUAGAUGCAGAACCAAAGGGGAUGUUGGAUCCCAUUUAAUACAACCUCCAUGAUUUUACAGACAAGAAAACUGGAACCUAGUGAUUCAUCUGAUCCUCUUAAUUUUAAUGCCUUCCUUCUGCUGCUUUCCUUCAAUUUAUUCUGAAUAUAGCUUGUUUUUAUGUUAGUCAUUUGCAUGUCAUCUCUUCCAUAGACUCUGAGCUUCUUAGGAGUAAGGACUGUCUUUUACCUUUAUUUUUAUCCCCAGAAAUGCAUACAAAAUAAAUAAAAGACAACUGCAGGGAAGAACGAAGAGACAUUCAGGGAUUGUGUAACUAAAUUAUUGAAAUUAAGUUACUGAAGCAAUAAGCUAAUUAACUUGCUAAUGUUUUAUUAAGAAAAAUGUUUUGGACUUUUUGGUGUUGCUGUAGUGGAAUUGUUUUGGAGUUUACCUAGGGCUUGUCAUUUUCCUUGAGGAUUUUCCACGUUGUCUUUUAGGCACUUCUAAAUGUUGCCAUUGCUUCUAGAUAAGUUAUAUUCUAAAAUUACAAGUCAUUGCCAUCUUGAUGAUGGAUAUUGUGGAAAUUUGUUGCCAUCUUUACUCUUUAAAAGCAAACUUGGGAAUUAUGUAUCUCCAUGUUGAUGUGUUUUUAACUAAAAAAUGCUGAACUUUAUUAAGUAGUAGCCAUGGUCCUUGCAAAACUUCCUAAAUAGUACUCCAUGGACUUUCAUCACAAGUUUUUCAUGUAGCAUAUGAGAAUCUGGUUUAUCCAUCACCUUGCCAACAAUUAGUUUUGAAUUUAAGAAGGAUUGAAAGCCAAGGCUAAAGACAGAAAGUUCUGGGUUCAAAUAUGGCCUCGGAUACUUCCCAGAUUUGUGACCCUGGGCAAGUCACUUUACCUUCAUUGCCUAGCCCUUACCACUCUUUUUUUUUUAAACCCUUACUUUCCAUCUUGGAGUCAAUACUGUGUAUUGGCUCCAAGGCAGAAGAGUGGUAAGGGCUAGGCAAUGGGGGUUAAGUGACUUGCCCAGGGUCACACAGCUGGGAAGUGUCCGAGGCCAGCUUACCAUUCUUUUAUCCACACAUAUUUUACCACACAAGGGAAGAAGUGUGUAUACAUAUGUAUCUCGCUCUCUCUCUAUAUGUGUGUGUGUGUGUGAUAUGUCUACAUAGGUGAUGUUUAUAAUCACAUCAUAGAGAAAUCAUAGGAGGUAUAGAACAAAAUAGCUGGUCUGGAAGGAGUAAGAUAUCCUGUUGUAGCAGAGAAAGAGAUGAACUAGGAAUCAGGCAACCUGGGUUCAAGUUAGCCCUGCCACUAACUCAUUAAAACUUUCAGCAUCUCUAAAGUGAGGAGUUAGGAGUAGGGUCAAAGGAUUCUCAUUAGGCUACAAAAUAUUGAUCCAGCUUCCUUGUGUAAUGAAGAGACAGCCUCAGAGACUAGCUUUGAGUUAUUUUCUCUGUACUUAGGCAAAGUUUCAGGUACAGUGUUGUUAGAGAGUUUGCUCAUGGGGAGUUCCAAGGAAAUCACAGGCUCUAUCCCUAUAUAGGUACAGUACAUACCUUAACCAACAUUUUGUAUUGGUUCUCCCUCAUACCAUAGAAUGAGGGAAUGUUUAGUUCUGUAGGCACUGAGCUGGGGAGAGAUGCUAGGACCGAAAAGUUCUGAGUCUGUGGGUUAGGAACCCAAGCUGUUUGCAUGAGGGGAUAUGGAUAUUGGGCUUCUAGAGCUCCAACUAGAGCAAUUUGGGGUAGGAAAAGGGCCCAUUGCAAACCUUUUAGAAGUGGUUAUUUGGAAAGAAUUUUCCUUUCAUCUUGUGCAUAGUUUCUGCAUUUAGUUAACCAGAUUUUGACUUGCCCCCAAAGAGCCCUUAUCCAAAUCCCUGUCCGAGUAAGGUAAUGGGUACCAAGCUCUGUACUCUUUUCUUUACUCCUCCAAUGCGUUGAAAACAUUGGAAGAGUUCUGCUACUGUCGGCCUUCUAGUGGACUUCCUGUGACACUUGAAUGUAGGUCUGAUGUAAAAGGCUUCCUAACCAUUUAGAGCUAGCCAGAGAGAUGGAAUGGAAGGAAGCAGGUGCCUUUCAACAAAGGCUGGAUGAUCACUUGCAGGGGAUUCUUUUAGAGGAUUUACUCAUGGCACAUCCUUUCCUCUGAGAUGUUCUGACUGCCAGUGAACCUGACCUUAGAACACUGGGAAAUCUCCAUCCUUGGGUGAGUGUUUGAGCUGCUUCAAGAAAUGGCCAGAAGAUGGCAGCAUUGGGCUUGCCUAGUUCAGAGAGCCUUCCUUUACAGUUGCUGUUCCUAUUUUGUGGGGGGAGGUUAUUUAACCUUUCUUUUCUCUCUCCCACCCCCUCCACAUUUUCUUGCAUCCUCAGGCAGCCUCCUGACAGGUGUGCAGCCUGGUAAUCCUGGCCUUUGUGCAUUGUUCAGCUUUUAAUUGGCACAUGUGCAAAACCAAGGGACUAGCGCCCAGGGUAACAGCUGGGGAAGAUUAUUCACAAGCUCCCCAGCCUGCUGUGCUUAUCAGCAAAGAAAAUAUUCUGUAAACAGAUGACUAGAGUAGACACUCAGGGCUGCUGGAGCAGGAUUAAAAAAUAGAUUAGUGUUUGUCAAUAUCCCCAAGAGCUUAUUAAAGGAGCUCUGUCUGGUUGGGGCAAGUUUAGGGUGUGGUUUUAAAAAAUUGCAAGUACCAAGACUUUAAAGCAUACUUUAAUUUCCCCGUGAAACUUCAAAACCAAGUAAUCUACCCUGCCUGCUGCCCCAUCACGCCCUUUCUCUAUAAGGGCUAGGAAUGCAGUUGAAGAAUCAGGUAGGAGUCAAACAUGAGGAGAUACACUUAUCUGCUUUUCUCUGUGGCCUGAUUAAAAUAAGCCCAUUGCAUUCGUUUCUUAAAAAUGAAUAAGCCCUGAUUUCCUUUCUUCCCUUUUCCCCCCACCUCACUCCCAAAAGAAACAAGAAAAGCAAAACCCUUGUAAUAAAUAUGCAGAGUUAAACAAGAAUUCAAACCCAGGUCUUUGAUUCCAAAUCCAGCACUCUGGCUAUUCUCUCGUACUCUCUUUCUUAUGAAUAAGAGUCUGCAGAUGAAAUCUGUGGCUCUAGCAAUAGGCUUCCUUAUUUGGGAUCCCAAACUGACUUGUCUUUUACAGAAUUCUACAUUACAUGAUUGGGAAAAAAAAGACACUGAGAAGAUUUUCAAGUCACUUUGAACCUUCUUGGGCUAGGGAUGAAAAAAAAAAGAAACAAGGCAUGUAGGGAUUUAGAACUUCUCAAGAGCUUGGGCAUGUUUAUAACUUGACUUCAGCUAGAAAAUAGAAACACUAUCACAGGCAUUCUGAACUUGGAUGGGAAAAAAUUGUACCCUUUUUUUGCUAACCUUUGUAACUGUGUGUUUUACAUGUUUAAAAACAUUACUCUUAGAAGAGGGAGUCCACAAGCUUCACCAAACUGACAAAGGGGUCCUGGCAGAUAUCAAGCACUUACUAUAUGCCAAGCACUGUGCGGAGAAGUUUGGGGGGUACCGAGACAAACAGUAAGAAAGCUAAGCCCUGACCUCCAAGAGUUUACAUCCUCCUGAGGGUGGGCAACCCAUAAAAGAGGGGACAAAGAGUGACAGAAAAAGUUCAGAAUGUCUGCUCCACAGAGACACUGCACUUGAAAUUGGGAUAAACGAGGGUGGGUAUUAGAGAAAUGAUCAACGCUGUGGAUUCGCCCAGGAAAGAGAAAAUUCGCUUCCAAGAAGUGGGUGGUAUUAGACAUGUUUCCUGAGGAUGAUAAUAAUCUGUUGAUGCAUAUUUCUAGGACUCAGUAGAUGUGCUGUAACUACCAGUCCCUCCUAACUCGGAUGAUUCCGCCUUGCCUAUUUCAUAACAUAUAAGGUCAAAAUAAUUAAUGCCUUCCUUUCAUGGUAAGAUUGUUAGGGAGGUGUAGAUCCUUUUGCAGAAACUUGUGUUAUCUUUUGUUUUCCUCUUAUCUGUACUUUCCUCUCGUACGAUUUGGCGUGCAUGUUUUAAAUAGAACCUGAGAUUUAUUUAUAAAGUAUUUGUCUAUUUGCUGGCCCAGGACAAUUUCUGUUUUCCUUCUGUUCCCUCCCCCUCACUCCAGCCCCUAGCCCCGCCACCCUUCCAUGUCUAAGACUUACAGGGAGACACAUUUUGGGUCAUUGGGAAGGAAGGACUUCUUGACAGUUCCAGCUAUCAUCCCAAAUGGGAAUGGGGACCUUGCUGCCCAGGCAGCCAGUCAGGCAGCAGCUGGUCUCUCCGAGUGUUGAAGCAGAAACCGGAUCACCAUCUGUCAUGGCCUGUGUGUAGGAGGGGAUUUUUUCAUUGGGUGGGUGGUGGAACUGGAUGACCUCUAAGGGUCACUUCUCUGCUUAAGAACCCUUCAUGGCUCCCCUGGUACGAUGCCAGAGAAAUGUCACCAGCAGUAAGUGCCUGUUAACAGAAAGAAGAGCUCGCUGUGUUUGGGGAAGGAAGGCUUCAUGGAAGAGCGUGUCCCAUGGGAAACGGAACGAGCAGGCUCUAUGGUGCUAUCGCCAAGACCCUGAAUGGCUCUGCAGCCCCCCAGCACCCUGAGUGUCUGGUGCCUCCUGACUCAGAACAGCUGGAUCCCAUAGAUCCGAAAGAGCUGCUCGAGGAAUGCAGGGCAGUCCUGCACACGCGGCCUCCCCGCUUCCAGAGGGACUUUGUGGACUUGAGGACGGACUCGACAAGUAGCCACCCACCCAUUAGGGUCAUGCAGUGGAACAUCCUUGCUCAAGCUCUUGGGGAAGGCAAAGAUAACUUUGUACAGUGCCCUGUUGAGGCGCUCAAAUGGGAAGAAAGAAAGUGUCUCAUCCUGGAGGAGAUCCUGGCCUACCAGCCAGACAUCCUGUGCCUGCAGGAGGUGGACCACUACUUCGACACUUUCCAGCCGCUGCUCAGCAGACUGGGCUACCAGGGGACCUUCUUUCCCAAGCCGUGGUCGCCCUGCCUGGACGUGGAACACAACAACGGGCCCGACGGCUGCGCGCUGUUCUUCCUUCAGAGCAGAUUCGCGCUGGUCAACAGCACCAACAUCAGGCUGACCGCCAUGACCCUGAAAACUAACCAGGUGGCCAUCGCGCAGACGCUGGAGUGCAGGAAGACGGGGCGGCUCUUCUGCAUCGCCGUCACCCACCUGAAAGCACGCACCGGCUGGGAGCGCUUCCGGUCGGCGCAAGGCAGCGACCUCCUGCAGAACCUGCAGAGCAUCACGCAGGGGGCCGAGAUCCCGCUCAUCGUCUGCGGGGACUUCAACGCGGAGCCCACGGAGGAGGUCUACAGACACUUUGCCUCUUCGAGCCUCAACCUCAGCAGUGCCUACAAACUGCUGAGUGCCGACGGGCAGUCUGAACCGCCCUACACCACCUGGAAGAUCCGCUCCUCCGGGGAGUGCCGGCACACGCUCGAUUACAUCUGGUAUUCCAGGCAGGCUCUCCACGUGCGGUCGGCUCUGGGCUUACUCACCGAGGAACAGAUCGGUCCCAACCGGCUCCCCUCCUUCAAUUACCCUUCCGACCACCUGUCCCUAGUGUGCGACUUCAGCUUUAAUGAGGACCAAGAGCGCCCUUUAUAGCUUAUCUGGAGCUCAGUGUCUAGUCACAAAAGUCUUAACUAGGGAAAGGGAAAUAAGAAGUUGCCUGAGGAAGGAUUCGCUGUUUCUCAGCUUACCUUUCUGGCAUGGUCUUUGGGGAGGAGGAAAAAAACAAACCACAAUUUCACAAUCUUUUUGAUUAAAGUCUCUAUCCAAAAAAAAGGUGUAUGCACCCCACUUUGGGCUGGCAGUGUUUUCUCUCCCCCUCUGCAUUAGCUUUUGACAAGGUAAGGAAAUAGGCCGUUUAUUUGGAAUUUUGUUCCUUCCUGAGGACGUGGUGCCGAUGUGGACUUGCUUGGAUCCUCCCUAACUGGGGUUGGGUGUAUGUAUAUAUAUAUAUAUAUAGCAUCAUGACAGCACUCCUUUUUUUUUUUAAUUUAUGGCAUUUUUAAAAGACAUUAACAGGAAAGGACGGUGCAUGGUCACGUUAUUUUUUUUUAAAUUUUGCAUUGUAAAUGACAUAAGCAAACAUUUAGAAACUUAGCAUGUGAGAACCAUCCUGAAUGCUCUGGAGCCAGUGAAGGUUUCAUAGCAUCCCUCUUACAACAGAUUUAAGCAUUUUUGCAUUGAGUCUGUCUGAUAGAACAGUGCCAGUACAACAGGUUUAGAACAGAACCCUUGCCCAAGGUUAUCUUUGUUUUAAAGUGGAAGAGCCAUUCCCCAUGGUGGAGUCUGUUCCUCUCUUCAUUGUCUCUCUCCUGUGUCCUUCUUUCCAACCAGUCCCAGGCGGGAACCACACAUCUGUGUCCCCUCUCUUUCCGGUAUGUUUCACGCCAGGAUGUGAGUCCAUCCAAAUGACUUAGCCACUCUUUUAGGCAUUUUUAGUCAUCUAGUCCUCUAGUUUAAUUUCAUUUGACCUAAUUCUGCCUUAUAAAUGACACUGGAAUUUUUUAAGAAUCAGUUUUUUUAGGAGCUGUUUCAAGGUGGUGCCUGAGAAAAUCGGGAGAUCCUUCCUCUGUUUGUUAAUUGAAAAGUCUAUGAGGUUAUUAAGCUUUUAAAAAGAUGGGCAGCCACCUUAGCGCUGACACUGAAAUUUGUGGUUUGACGAGAAAGAACUCUCCGCAUUGGAGAUAAAAGUUGGUCAGAAUUAAUUGUAUUGCCCAAAAAAUCCAACCCAAAUAAAAAUAACCAGCCAACUGCAAUUGUUGAACCAUGAGUUGUAAAUGUUCAAGUAAUUUAAUAAAAAAUUUUCAAAGUGGA